UAGGACUUUGAGGUUCUUUGGCCCAGGGCAGAAGGUUGACUCAUUCUGAAAGAUGUAAGCUCCAUAGAUGUAAACCAUGGCUGUUUUUUCUUUCAUUUAGUGUGACACAUCGUUGUCUUUAAAAAGAUUUUGAAACUGUGUAAAAUGGCAUUGAAGAGUCAAUGGACUAUGGUCCAACUGUUUGAGGAAGGAUUACAGGACAACCAUUACAGUGCAAAAGAUCAAAUUUCAUUUAGAAAUCUCCAGUCUGGUGUUACAGAGAGGAAAUCUGACUUCACCAAGGAAACUCUGGCAUCACAAAACACAAAAAUGAUUUCCUCCAUAGUCAUUUCGCAGCUGAUUGAUGAAAACAAAUCUAAAGAAAAUGUGGCCGCGUUGCCGCUGCCCUGUGGGAUGAUGGCUCAGCCGGGGGCGUGCCGCACUAAUACCACUUCCCCUCAUAGCAGCGGCGUCAACAUCCACAGGGUGUUUGCGUCACUUCCAGACAAACUAGGAAUUCCUACGUCUUCAGAUGAACGAAGACCAGCGAUAGACUUGCCACCUUCAGGGAACAGGGUGUGCGGCCCCCACCAAGGGUUCGCGUCCAUCACCAUCACCGCGCGGCGCGUGGGCCCCCUGGCUGGUGCCCUGGUGCGGAGCACUGUUGGGGACUCUUUGUGCCCCAAGUAUGGGGCAGAGGGUGCACUGCGCUGGGGUCCCUCAGCCCGGGCUGGCGGUCCCCAUCCACGCCCACACUGUGGGCCUCUCGCUUGCACAGAGUUCCCCAAGAAAGGCUCUGCGGUGAGGGUGAAAGUCCCCGAGGCCUACGCGCGGAGGUACACAGAUCACGAGUACUGGGUCACAUGCGUGGACAGCAAAAAUAACAGUUUUUCUCCAGACACCCAGCCUUCGGGAAAGGACCCGCUGGUGUUUAGCUCCUGUGUCCACCUCUGGGUGUCUCGGCAGUGUCCGAAUUCCAUCUAUUACUUGGACAGGUCUCUCGCUGUCCCGGUGGAACAACCUCAAAUUGUCAGUCCCCAGAUGCACAGAUCGGUCUUGUCGCUCAACCUGAGUUGUAGUUCCCACGGGUUAACAGCAGAUGGAGUAGAUGGCCUGGCAAAUGGAGAGCCAAUAAGUAGAGCCCUGAAGCAGGAGGUCCUGGAGGGAAACCAGAACCACCUAGGCUCGCUGUGGAAUCCGGCUUUACCAGCAAGUCACUCGGAGGAAAACCCUUUGCGUUUGGGGACUGGCACGUGUCCUUGGAGUGACUGUCCUCCGCGGAGAAAUACAGAAAUCGCAGAUGUGGGAAAUCACCAGGUCACUGUGAGAAAGGGGAAAGGCCACCCUGCAACUCGUCCUGCCAGCGGUCAUGGCAACCAGCUGUCCAUUCACAUUCCUGGCUGGAGUCACAAGGCAGAAGAAACAAAAGUAUUUUCUGGAAGCAGCAAGAAGCAGCAAGGAGAAGCUCGUGUGACUCAGUCUGCUCCUCCAGUGGCUCAGAAGCCCAUUAAAAGAUUUCUUCCUGAUGGAGACAGUUCACCAAAAGCUGACUGUCAGUCUAGUGACCUUGCUAAGCCCACAGAGAGACGACUUCCAAGCUUCCUGAGACCUAGAGUCACUUUGCCUGGGUUCCUUUGCCCCUCACAAGAUUCAUGCACCUCUCCAAGAGAAGACAGUGGUGCUCAGAUAGAAAGAGAACUCCCCAAAGGAGAUUAUACAUGCUGUGACUUGGUUGUAAAAAUAAAGGAAUGUAAGAAGAGUGAAGACUCCACCAUGCCUGAGGUCUCACCAGCACCCCCCUCACCAACAUCCCUCAAGGGACCUGUGACCCCUGGUUUGUCAGAAGACAGUCCUGAUCCUCAGGAAACACCUGCAAGCCUCUUGACUUUGCAGGAAGCUCUGGAAGUCCAUAAACCUCAGUUCAUUUCCCACUCACAAGAAAGGCUGAAGAAGCUAGAACACAUGGUACAACAGAGAAAAGCUCAGCGGAAGGAGAGCCCGGGGCAGAAGCAGAGUCUCCUUCCUGUCCGCGCCAACAAGAAGCAGUUCACCAUUCCCCAUCCUCUUAGUGAUAACUUGUUCAAACCCAAAGAAAGGUGUAUUUCAGAGAAGGAGAUGCACAUGCGAUCUAAAAGAAUCUAUAAUAACUUGCCGGAAGUUAAAAAGAAAAAGGAAGAACAAAAGAAAAGGGUGAUCUUACAGAGUAACAGACUCCGUGCUGAAGUCUUCAAAAAGCAAUUACUGGACCAGCUUCUUCAAAGAAAUGCAGUCUGACCCCAGGCUGCCCUGCUGACUACCAGGACCUGGGAAGACUUCAAACACUGCAUAAGCCAUUAAAUGUACCAUUAUCUUCAUGACAUGAAAAUACUUAUUUUGCUUUGAUUUUUUUUCAUAAAGGAAAACGCCACUUUGUGAAUGACUGACCCAAACAAACAGAAAGAGUAGUCCUCAAGGAAAUAGGUCAAUAAUUUGGUGGACUCCCAAAGUAUUAACCAAGCCCAACACUGACUUUAAUAAACUGAAACCAGAUGACUCAAGAGUUAAUAUAGCAGGCUUUCUCUCCUUUGUUUGGAGACAGCCUAGCAGAUCCUCCCCAUAAUAAAGGCUUGUUAUGGUUCUGGUCUGGUCCUGGUCUCCAGCUCUUUUUUGCCUGACACAUCUGGUGCCGAGGUCUGGGAGGAUUGAGUGACUAUCCCCCAUGGGAUGGGGUCGAUUGGUCUUUCGGCUGCCUCCUCCAGACCACAUCUGCUGAGCCAGGACCUCCUCAGGGCUUUUUACCUUUGCCAUUGCUGACAACUCAUAUCCACACCAGUCACUGAUUUCAGGGUGACUCUACUCAGGUCCUGCAUUUUGUUCUCAUUUUCUCCCUCUGGGGAUUUCUUGGAAAUCCAAGCAUUUGGUUAGAGAGACCCUCUCAGACUACUGGGCCAAGGACUGUGCCUCUGGGGGAUUCCCCAUCAGCCUGACUCCUCCUAUUCCCCGCUUCCAGGGACUGGCUCAGGGAUUAUCAAAAGCAAAGAUGUUCCUCUCUUUUGCCCUCCUCCAAGGGAGCUAACUCCUCCUCCCCUGCCCUAACAUGGGUGCCCAACAAUCCAAAGCUCCUCCCUCAAUGCCUCUUGGCUGCCUCCUGGCACAUCGUCUUUCCCUUAGACUGUUGGGACCUGACUUUAAGCCAAAACGAUUUUUUGCAGCCAAGUUUGACCUCAGUACAAAUUAGAUAAUAAAUCUCAAUGGCCCAAACAUGGCACUUUCAAUUUUAACACACUGUGCAAUUUGUGCAAUUUUUGUCAACACAAUGGCAAAUGGUCAAAAUUCCCCUACCUACAAGCCUUCUUUCUCGCCCCUCCUUCUGUCAAACCUGAUCACCCACUCAAGUACUUCUUGCUCAAAUUCCUUCCUCCACCCCUCCCAACUCCCACCUUCGAACCCAGCUGAUCACUCACCACGCACACUUCCCCCACCCUAAUACCCAGACAACUCUUCCAUCUCCUUGAGCACUUCUUCACUUCUGCCAUCUUGAACCUCUCCACUACACAUGGACUUUCUCCCUGCUUCUCCAGCCCCUCCCAAACGUGAGUGUGAGUUAACAGUCACUUCUCUGCUUGCUCUUCCUUCCCCAGCUUCCUUGGAAGAGAGCGGAAAGCAAGACUGCAAAAUUAAAAAAAAAAAAAAUCUUCUCCUGGCCCUGCCUAUUUACAUAUCAACAACUUGUUUGGCAGGCUGCAUGACCAAGAAAUUCCAUCGGUACCUAUUGCUUUCUAUAUAAAUAUUGGAAAAUAAAAUAGAAGGUUUUAAAACAAUUCAAAGAAAAUAUAAUGCUUAAGAUUGGAGCUCAAAGACCAAAUGCGAGGUUACAGCCCAGUGUCAGCUACAGACUGCUUGCUCCAUAGUAAAAUCAGCUGCGAUGUCCUGCCAGGCAGGAAAAUCUUUAAAAAAAAUGAUAAAUUCUGG